GCUUUGCCAAGAAAGCUCAAUCCCAAAAUUCCACUGUUCUCACAAGGCUAUGCCUGGUUUACUUCAUUGUCAAUUACCAUUGCUUCGGAAUCUUAAAAUCUCAAAACGAACGGGAAAGUUCAAACAGAAUACCUCUGUUGGUUUCCUACAGCGUAGGGCGUAUGCACUAUAGAAGGUACAGUGGUCUUGGUGGCACUACGGGCAGUCCCUCAAACCCGAGUUUCCAGGCUUUCAGAUUAGCCAAGUAUCAGAAUUUCCCAUGCCAAUGACUGGGAUAAUAAUUAUCUCUUAUAUCAAAAUCAGCCCGACCAUAGCAGCGUGAGAUCACCACAAUGAGUUACAAUGAAGAUGAUCACACAUACACCGGAGCAGAUAUCGGGUUAAAUAUUCCAGACCCCGAUGCUCCCAGGAGUGCUCCCACUUUCGAGGUACCCGAACGUAAAGUAGUCGCUGUUGACCAUCCAUGUAUUGUCAUCAACCUUGAAAAGGGAUUGCGGUCUUUCGGACCCAGGCCGAACUUUCGCAAGCUUGUAGAUGAGUUGCAGGAGCCGCAGGCUCUUCCACUGUGGUUUCGACCUGACAACCCAGCAUCAAAGCCCAUAUUAUCACAUCAUGCCGCCACCAACAACAUAUUACUGAAGAUUACCGUCCCUAGGCGUACGGGGCGGAAACGGAAGCGAGGGAGUGAUGAGCCGUUUUCCGGAGAGUCUGACAUCCCAAAUUCCACCACCCUGAACGCGCAGACCAGCACCGUUAGUUCAGUUGCCCGGCAUGAUCGCCCAAGAGCUAUACUGCGUCGCCUUCAAGACAACCCUGACCAGUAUGAAAUGGAAGCUGUGGGCAUGGUUCGAGAUAGCCACAGGUACCGAGGAUUGGCUGAUUUUCAGUUCGCCAAUACCAACGCUCCUUUCCUCCAAAAUGUGGCAGAGCACCUGCUUCCCCUGGAUUUUCAGAAGCUGCGGCAAUUUAAGUUAGAUGAAGGCAUCGCGACAAGUCCUGGUUUGGAAAUCGUUCCUCCGCCACAUUUCACAGACAAGGUUAUCGGGUUCAAUUACAAUUAUGAACAGAAUCCAGGAAUCAUCGACCAGGGGCUCGAUGAAGAAGGGGAAACACGGUUGGUGAAUCGCCAGGGCAGAAACAAAUUUUCUUAUGGGCACUUUAUUCACCAUGAUGCAUUCCCCGCCCCGAGCCGACCAGCACGGAUCGACGGUGAGGCACAAAAAAUACCAGAUUCUUUAAUGCAACAGCUUCAUGACGCAAUGGAAAAACGACCAAUCUGGACGCGUCGUGCGAUCGUCAAUCAAGUCCGCGGCAAUUAUACCGAGUCUGUCCUGAAAAUAGCAUUACAGAUAAUGGGGUAUCAAUUCCGGGGUGGUCCCUUUCGCGAUGCUAUCGUGAAAUAUGGUAUUGAUCCUCGGCAAGACCCAAAAUAUCGCCAAUACCAAACACUUUCCUUCAAACUAGCCAAAAAUCUUGUUGGUGCUACAAAAGUCCCCUGGCAGACCAUUAGAAGGGGACAAGUUAGAAGCUACUCCAAGAACGAUGACCCUACCAGCCACAUAUGGGACGGAGAAAGCUACUCGACUGAUGGGAAGCUCUGGCAAAUCUGCGACAUUACAGAUCCAUUUAUUAUCGAUAUAAUCACGAACGCUCCCGUACGUUCCGAAUGUGAUUUAAGCGAGUCUGGCUGGUUUCUACGAGGUACCUGGCAGAAGAUCAAAGCAGCCAUGAAAGCUAAGAUGAUAGCGAUCACGAAAGACAGGCUCGGGACAGAGGGGGACAAUCCUCCCAAAGAAGGGUACAUUUACAAUAUGUUCAUUGCAGACAGGCUAGCGAUGUAUCCAGAUGACUCUGAUAAGCCGUUUACGGUCUCACUUGAGGGCCUUCUUCGUCCGUUGCAAGAUGUGGAAAGUAGUAGGAGACGCCGUCGAGCACCACCACGAAAAGACCAAGCAACAGCGAGAGCAGACAGUUCAGUGGAUCCCGAAGAGGACCAGUCCCAAGAAGACCAGAGAGACGAAACGGCUCAAUGGGAUUUAGAUGGAGGCCACGAGGAUGCGGAAAUUUUCUCCCCAGGCCGUGGUUGGGACAACAUGGUUGGUAGCGAUAUAGAAGAUGACGAUGCUAUGGGCGAAGAGGAUUAAGCAUGCCAGGUUGUAGAUCCAAGACAACAGGCACGGAAAAAUAAGUAGAAUAAGUAAUAAUAAUAAAAAAUCAGAGAAAGACAUGUAACUACACACAUUUUAUUUUUGUAGAUACUUAUUGAUGUCUCACCCAUGAGUAA